CCAGAGCCAAGAAGGUCAAAGGUCAAUACAGGAACAAUGGCUGAAGAAAGUGACUUGGAAGCUAUCCGUGCUAGACGGAUGGCAGAGCUUCAACAACAGUUUAGGGGCCAGGGAGGUGGAGGUGGAGGGGGUAAUCCUGAGAAACAGAAACAGAUGAUGGAACAACAAGCAAAGCAAGAAGAAAUGAAGAAUAUGAUGCUUACACAAAUACUGGAGCAAAAUGCAAGGGCAAGAUUGAACAGUAUUGCAUUGGUCAAGCCUGAGAGAGCACGACAAGUGGAGGGCAUGCUCAUACAAAUGGCACAAUCCGGACAAAUAGGGGGAAAGGUUAGUGACAAGCAGCUGGUGGAGCUUCUGGAGACUAUUAGUCGACAGACACAAAAGAAGACUACAAUAAAGGUAGUGUAGAGUUAACACUGAUGUGAUAUCAACUCCCCCUCCACACCACACACAGUUUGAGAGACGAAGACUGGAUGAUUCUGAUGAUGACUUUUAGAUCCACCGUCCCUAUCACUAACUCCUCCACACCUUUAAUAGGCUAGCAGUGUUUGUAUCGUUGUUUGUUUUAUGUAUUGUAAAUGAA